AUGAGGUCAAGAGCAAGAGCACACCCCAAACCACCGGAGACACCUCCCGGCCCGGUUACUAAAGUUAAAGAUGGGACAAUCACAAUAGCAAUACAUGCUAAACCCGGAGCCAAACAAAACGCAGUCACUGAUGUGUCUGAGGAGGCGGUGGGGGUCGCCAUUGCUGCGCCUCCGACAGACGGAGAGGCCAACGCCGACAGCUUGCUGCGAUACUUUACCCAAGUCCUGGAGCUGAAGAAGAGUCAAGUAUCGUUAGAUAAGGGUCAGCAGACUACACGCCAGCUAUGGGGACAGCCCUCCAACAUCCAGAGAAAAGGUUAUCAGGGUGACUGCAGCCAUCAGCCAGGAAGAAAUCUUGAAGAAAACUGA